AUGAUCGAUCAAAGUUUUGAUAAAAAAUGUGCUGGCUGCAUAAUAAAUAUAAAUUGCGGAGGUACAGAUUGCAUACCGACAACACCGUCAUACACGCGGGAAACAACAGUAUGGACGAUACCGCCAACACAGACACCACCGACAUUAGCACCGACCUGGACUUACGCAACUGCAAGACCAACGCCAAAAAGUUGCAUGUGUGCAUGCUAUAUGCCUCCGCCAUGUCAGAUAUGUCAACCAUGUCAGUGA